AUGCAGGCCGUGUGGGUGGUGGUGAUCUGCCUGGUUGGAGGGCAGCUUGCAAGUGCCACACUCUGCAACAACCAUGGCACCAUCCCAGGCAUCCCAGGGUCACCAGGACGGCCUGGCAGCAAUGGCAGAGAUGGGGUGAAAGGCCUGAAGGGUGAGCAAGGUCCUCCUGGCCAGGUGGACCACAAAGGAGACAUGGGGGAAAAAGGGGAUCCAGGAGAGCCGGGAUACCCUGGGAAGAUUGGUCCCAGGGGCCCCCCGGGUUCAAGGGGAUUACCAGGUCCCAUAGGACCCCCAGGCCCUCAGGGGGACUCUGGUGACUUCAAGGACACCCGCAAGUCUGCCUUCUCUGCUGCCAGGAGCCUCAGCUCCUACCCACGGCGGGAUCAGCCCAUCCGCUUUGACCGCAUCAUCACCAACGAGAAGGGCCACUAUGAGAACCGGUAUGGUCGCUUCAUCUGCCGGGUGCCGGGCAUCUACUACUUCACCUACCACGUCACCUCCAGGGCCAACCUGUGCCUCAACGUGAAAAAGGGCCGGGGUGGCAGCAGGGGCGAGAAGGUGGUGACCUUCUGCGACUACGUGCAGAGCAGCUACCAGGUCACCACAGGUGGCGUGGUCCUCAACGUGGCAGUGAAUGAGUCUGUCUGGCUGGAGCCAACAGAGAAGAACUCCCUGGUGGGGAUCGAAGGAUCCGACAGCAUCUUCUCCGGCUUCCUCAUCUUCCCCGAGCCCUAG